AUGGCCGAGUCCACCCUCGAGUCCUAUCCCCCGUUGUUCCGCCAAACAAGCAACACAAACCUCGGCGUUGACUCCGAUGAGCCAACCAAACAAGUCCCAGACUCAGACCCUCUUCCGGUAAUAGAUCUACAAUGCAUAAACCAAGCAAAGUUGAGUGAAGCUUGUAGAGAUUGGGGCAUGUUCCGUUUGGUCAACCAUGGAAUCCCAACAACUCUCUUGAGCCGGCUCCAUGAACAUGCCCGGAAACUCUUUUCUUUCACGUUUGAAUCCAAACAAGCCCUAUUCACCAGGCCUAUGGCCUACUCUUGGGGCACCCCUGCCCUUACACCAUCUGGGGAAGUCAUAGAAAAAGGUCUCAAUCUCAAUGUCCAAAACCUUAACUGGAUGGAAGGUUUUUUUGCACCUUUGGGUCAGCUAUCGCAGCUUCAAACUCAGGAUCCAAUGCUUGAUUAUUUCAGACUUUUGCUAGAAGAAUAUGGAAUCCACCAGUUUAGGCUUGCUACAACAAUUUUCGAAGCCAUGGCAGAAGACCUCAAACUGUGUCUAAAACAGUCCAAGUCUUAUCUGUCGCCGACGACCGGAAUGUUACGAGCCUACCGCUACCCACGUUGCCCUGAGGCUCUUGACCAAGCAUGCGGCUUAGACGUGCACACAGACAGCUCGGUACUGUCCAUACUGAACCAAGACGAGGGAGGUCUACAAAUUUAUAAAGAUGGUGAUUGGAUUGAUGUGAAACCUAUUCCAAACACACUAGUCAUCAAUCUUGGAGAUAUGAUGCAGGCGAUAAGUAAUGACAAGUACCUGAGUGCGAAACACAGAGUGAAGGUCAACAAACACAAGGAGAGGAUCUCGAUAUGCUACUUUGUGUUCCCGGAGGAAGACACUGUGAUUAAAAGCUCAAAGUACAAGCCAUUCACAUAUGCUGAUUUCCGAGCAGAAGUGCAACAGGACCUCAAGACCGUCGGGUUCAAGGUUGGGCUCCAAAGAUUCAGACUCACUAAGGCCUGUUAG